AUGGCAACAACAACAACAACAACUCGUGCAAUAUUUCCUAUGAUAUUUGGUCGCCGUUAUGCAGAUAAAUUAACUGAUGGAGCAUCAACACCUCUUAAACUUGUUCGUUUACAAAUUGAACAAAAAGUUAACGGAGAUUUUCCAUUUAUUCAUCAAAUAGCUACCACAAUGACAUUUAAAAAUACACAUAAUAUUAUUCUUGAAGGUGCUUUCGAAUUUACAUUACCAGAAAAAGCGACUAUUUGUGGCUAUGGUCUUGAUGUUGAUGGUGUUAUUGUCGAUGGAGUAGUUGUUGAAAAACAAGCUGCUCGUAUAAUAUUUGAAAAAGAAGUACGAAAAAGAAUUGAUCCCGGUUUUGUUGAAUUAGUUACAGGUAAUGUAUUUCGUACACGUGUAUAUCCAAUUGAACCACAAAAAACACGUACUGUUCGAGUUAUAUAUCAAGAUCAAUCUAUAGCUGAUAAUAAUACAAAUGGUUUUCUAUAUCAAAUACCAAUUCAAUUUCAAACUCAACUUGAAAGUUUAGAUGUUGUUCUUACAUGUUUUGGUCAAGCAAUAACAAAACCAAAUUUUUUAAUAGUUUCUAAUCAAUCAAUAAAUAAUUAUCCACAAUUUAUUGAUAAUGGAAAUGGACAAUAUACUGCUGAAUGGCAUUUAACUAAUGUUGAACCAUCUGUUAAUAGUGAACAAACACUUUCAUAUAUAUUAUCUAAUUGUCUUAAACCAGUUAUAAGUGCUAUUGAAAAAGAUUCAAAUGUUGGUGCAUAUUUUGCUAUUAGUUGUGCUUUACCAAUACCGAAUCAACAACGAAUUGAUCAACUUGAUAUUCUAUCAAAAAAAAUUUGUAUUCUAUGGGACGCAAGUUUAAGUCGUUCAAAUUCAAAAGAAAAUCGAAUAUUAGAAUUAAAUACAUUAAAAAAAUUUUUUGAUAUAUGGUUAAAACGUUAUAAUCAAAUUGAAAUAAUUCUUAUUAUAUUUCGAAAUGAUAUGGAUGAAAAAAUAUUAUUUCAACUUCAAACAAAUAAUUGGAAUAAAUUUCUAGAAAUUUUUCAAGAUUUACCAUAUGAUGGUGCAACAAAUUUAUCACAAUUAUCAUCAAUUAAUUUAAUGCAAUCAAUUAAUUAUUAUUUUCUUUUUAGUGAUUGUAUAUCAACAAUAAAUAAUGAUUCAAGUAUAGAAAAUUUAUAUUCAAAUUUUAAAGCACCUAUAUGGAUAUUUAAUGGUAAUUAUCUUCAUGAACCGUAUGAUAUUGAUUUUAUUCGUUAUUUAACUCAAUAUAAUGAAUAUGGUGGAGGGUAUUUAAAUCGUGAAAAAUUAGAAUUAAAUUCAAAUGAUUUAAUAAAUAUUAUUGAAACUAUUCAAAUUAAAUAUAUGAAAAUUCAUUCAAGUUCAAGUGUAAAACAAAUAUAUCCAAGUAAUUCAAUAACAAUUCCAUUAAAUUUAGAUCGAUUUCUCUUGGUGGGACAAAUUCCAAUUCCAUUACCAAAUUCAAUUCAAUUUGAAAUUGAAUUUUCAAUGAAUAAUCAAAUUUCACGUUUAUCAAUUUCACUUGAUAUGUCAUUUAAUGAACGAAAUUCUUUUGGUUUAAUUCGUCGUUUAUGGGCACAACAAAAAUUAAAUGAAUUAAAUGCAUUUAAAGAUAAAUAUAAAUCUGACAUAUUAUCACUUGGAUUAGAAUAUUCAUUAGUUAGUCAAUUUACAUCAUUAUUAGUACUUGAAACACUUCAACAACAUCUUCAAUAUCAUGUAUGUCCAGCUAAAUCACGUACGUUACUUUAUAAUCAAUAUAUGCAAUAUCAAACAAUAGAAAAUAAUAAAAAACCAAAUAAUAUAUCUGAAUUAAUACAAAAAUGGAAUCAAACAUGUCAAUGGUACGAUCACGUUAUUACUGAUAUUGAUCGUCAUCGAGCAUAUUUACCAAAAGUACCACAACCAAGUUCUUUUCCACCACCACCUUCACGUUUCGGCUUUACCACAACUGGUCAUACAUCUGCUUUUGGAGGUGUACCAACGAUUCCUACCGCUGCUUUUGGAAGUGCUUCAACCGCUGCUCCCAUUCCUUUUGGGACUACUUCAAUGACUACUCAAACCACAACGCAGUAUUUUCCACCGAGUAGUACUACAACUCCUAUUUUCGGCGGAAUAGCUCCUACAUCAAGUUCUAAUUCAUCAUCUUUCACAGGAUUUAGUUUUUCUACACCAUCAACACAAGCAAAUACUGCAAUAAAUGUGUCAAACGAAUCAUCGUUGUCGAAAACAGAAGAAACAUCAACAAUUGUUCUUAAUGAACACAAUCCUCAAUCAUCAUAUAUAACACGAAUAUCUUCUUCACAUAAUAGAACAAGUGCAUAUUUAAUUUAUCUUAAUGAACGAAUAUUAAAUCGUCAAUCACCUUCAUUUUAUUUUGAUGUUGCAUCAUAUUUUUUUUCACCAGCAGCAUUUUCAUCUAUAUUAGAUAAAUUUAAUCAACAACAAGAAAAUAUUCAAAUAGCAGAUAAGAAAUCAAUUGAAUAUGGUCUACGUAUAUUAACAAAUAUUUUAGAAUUAGAAUUAGAAGCACCACAAUUAUAUCGAACUGUUGCAUAUAAAUUAAUGGAAUUAAAACAAUGGAAUCUUGCCUUAAGUGUUUUUCAAAAAAUUUAUUCUUUACGUUCUGAUGAACCACAAUCAUUACGUGAUUUAGCUAUUGUUCUUAUUGAACUUGGUCAAUAUGAUCAAGCAUUACAAUAUUUCAAACAAAUUCUCAAUGAAAUAUGGGAUGCAAGAUUUACAACAAUUCAAACAAUUGUUUUACUUGAUUUAAAUCGACUUUUAGUUUUAAUGAAUAAAAACGUACCUGAAAUUGAUAGUCGUCUGAGACGUCAUUUACCUGUUGAUAUUCGAAUUGUUAUUCAAUGGGAUACAGCUGAUACAUUAAUCAAACUUUCAAUUAAAGAACCAACUGGUCAAAUAUGUGAUGGUUAUAGUUCAUAUCGAACAGAUAUUGGUGGAUAUAUAACAAAUCUAGGUUUUCGAUCUGAUCAACCAAUUGAAUAUUUACUUCGUAAAGCUGUUAAUGGAAUAUAUUCAAUUAGUUUAACAUAUAUCACUAAUGCUCAACAUACACUCACAGGUGUUACAACAGUUUUAGUUUAUAUUUAUAAAUAUUUUGGUUCAAUAAAUGAAGAAAAACAAAUUCAAACAGUACGAUUAACUAAUUUAAAUCAAACAAUUGAUAUAGGUCAUAUUGAAUUUGGUGAUUCUAAUUUAGAAAAACUUAAAGAUGAAUUACAAAAAAGUAAAGAUGAAUGUCAUCGUCUUCAAAAUCAAUUAAUUAAUAGUAAACAAUCAAUACAAUCUAAUAUGCAACAUAUAAAUAUAACAUGUGAUGGAUGUUCUAUGUCACCAAUAGUUGGUGAUAGAUAUAAAUGUAUAUUUUGUCCAAAUGUAGAUUUUUGUCAAAAUUGUCAAUCAUCUACAAAUCAUCAACAUGAUUUAAAACAUCCAUUAAUAUGUAUUCGUGAUUCAAGUUUAUAUGCAUCAUCAAUUUAUCUUCAGAAUAUAAGCGAACUGAUUCAUUUGAAUAUUCGAUGUGCAUCAUGUUUUGUAUCACCUAUCGUCGGUGUACGUUAUCAAUGCAUGACAUGUAAAAUUAAUUUAUGUGAAAAAUGUGAAUUUCUUGGUUUACAUGAUAUUUUACAUGAACGAUUAAAAAUUAUUCGUCCUCAAUAA